AUGUACUUUUCAUAUUUCAAGUUUGCUCUCUUUCAGAGAAAUGCAUUGUCAUUCUCAUGUGUUUAUCAGGUGAUCUAUGCUGUUCAGAGGCAUAAUCGCACACAGGUACAGUGGCAGAUUCUGUUGGACGAGGCUUUUCACUUAGAGGAUGUGGCCAAAAAUGAGACGAGCCCCACCCACCAAUUCAGUCACAGUUUCCCCUCUACAGAAACACCUGGAUGGGUCAGCAAAUACCUGUACACACCCACUGCAGAGUGGUACUGGGAGUGUGUGUUCCGGCGCUGGUGUUAUCGUGUUCUGGCUGUGGUUUUGUGUGUGUUCUCCGCAGCGGUGGUUUGGUCUGAAUGUACCUUCUUUAGCACACAGCCCGUUCUGUCGCUCUUCGCCGUCUUCAUCCAACUCGCCGAGAGAGACUACAACUACGUUUACAUAGAGAUGGCGUGUUUUGUCACCAUAUUUUACCUGUGUUACUGCGUGUACUCGACCGUGUUCAGAAUCCGAGUGUUUAACUAUUACUACCUGGCUCCUCAUCACCAGACGGACGCCUACAGCUUGCAGUUUAGCGGGAUGUUAUUUUGUCGUCUGACGCCUCCGCUGUGUCUGAAUUUUCUGGGCGUGAUUCAUAUGGACUCCACCAUCUCACACCAGCAGAGACAGCAAACAGCAUACACUUCGAUAAUGGGAUCCAUGCAGGUCCUGUCUUUCAUCGCUAAUGUAUUUUAUAUAUAUUAUCCCAUGCUGAUUGUUCUCCUCUGCAUUGCCACAUACUUCAGUUUGGGUACACGCUGUUUAAACCUGCUGGGCUUUCAGCAGUUCAUGGGAGAGAAUGAUCUGACCUCAGACCUGGUGGAUGAAGGGAAAGAGCUCAUACGUAGAGAGAAAAGAAAACGUCAGAGGACAGAAGACGGAGAGAGCCGGCGCAGAGAAUGGAGGGAGCGUUAUGGUGAACAGAGACAGCGAUACGCAGGGAAGAACAGAAACUCGUACUCCGAGUUGUCGGACGGCUCCAGUACAGACACAGGCAGAGCUCAGACUCGAAGAGAUCGCGGUGCCAAGACUGAGUUACUGCAGGAUGUGGAACCACUGGACUAUAAUGAAGAUGAACCGCUGGAGACCGAAGACAGAAGAUACACUGGAGGGCAUUACCUCUCUACCUCUGCAUCUCGCUCUCGCAUCUUCGACGAUGUAUGAGGAGGAGGAUGAAAACAACAGUGAAACUUUGCACUUUUUUACUUCAUACUCUUCAAGAAGGAACCACGACUUGAACGGUUCUGUGUGUCUUUCUGUAAAGUGUUUUCAUGUGUGUGUAUGUGGACGGACUCACCUCUCACCAGCCCUUAACUUCCCAAUGAUGCCAGACUACAACAUACAUACACAGACAUAGUGUGCACUGCUCACUUUCAAGGACAUGAAGGUUCUUACUCUUAAGCAUAGUGAAUAUUUUCCGGUUGUGGCUGAAAAGGAAAAUAAGAGUCACAAUAAACAUCUUUUAAAUCUUA